AUGUUAAAGCUGAAAGUCCAGAAGCCUGACUGCUGCGAGUGUGAUCAUUAUCUUCCGAUUGUUAAGAGAAAGUUUGGAGAUUGCUGGCAUUCUGGAUACGUCGACUUCUCGAAUCUCGAAUUUCAUGCACAUACAUGCCCAAGAGGAAAACUUGUCACUAAGGAUUUCAGAUGCUCGAGAACUGUGAAAGUUUCAAAAUAUCGUCAUGAUCGAAUAAAGUGGCACAUGAGUGAAAUUAACAAGCAUAUGGAAAGCCUUACAGCAGAGUUUGAAGAUCUCUUUGAUCCAUAUCUUCCUGUUGCAAGUAAAUUGAAGAUGAAGACAUGUCCAGGAUUAGGAACUAUCGAGUUCUCUGAAACAGAACCCGGUUUUAAUCUUGAGAUUCCUUCAUCAUAUCAUGGGAAGUGGAAGAUAAAAGUUGGAAGCAACGAUGCUAUUGAGUUUGCAAAGGAUGAAAAAUGUGUUUCAGUUAACUUUGAUAUCGUGGAAUAA